AUGCAGGCAUUCAGACCAUCUGCCCGGGCAGUAAUUCGCGCGCCCGCAUGCGGCUUCCAGUUCGCCCGCAACUACUCCUCCGCAAAGACAUAUGAACAUCUGCUUGUCUCGUCACCAAAGCCUGGUGUAGGUUUCGUCCAAUUGAACCGCCCCAAAGCCCUCAACGCCCUCUGCACACCUCUCAUUCUCGAACUAAAUGCCGCCCUUCGCGACUACCAGGCCGACAAAUCUAUUGGCGCCAUUGUUCUUACGGGCUCUGAGCGCGCCUUCGCCGCCGGCGCAGACAUCAAAGAGAUGAAGGACCUCACCUUCAGCACAGCCUACGGCAACGACUUCAUUGAAAACUGGUCCGAACUAGUCACCUUCUUAAAGAAGCCUUUGAUCGUGGCUGUGAAUGGAUAUGCAUUGGGUGGAGGUUGUGAGCUCGCUAUGAUGGGCGAUAUCAUAUAUGUGGGACCGAAGGCAACGUUCGGCCAACCGGAGAUCAAGCUGGGUACCAUCCCGGGAGGUGGUGGUAGCCAGCGUCUCACGCGCGCAAUCGGAAAGUCGAGGGCUAUGGAUAUUAUCCUUACGGGAGAUAAUAUCAGCGCGAAGCAAGCGGCCGAGUGGGGUCUCGCAGCCAGGGUAUUCGACACGCCCGAAGAAACGGUGGAUGCUGCGCUCUCAACAGCAGAGAAGAUCGCGAGCUACAGCCAGAUAGCAGUGAAGGCUUGCAAGGAAGUCGUGAAUAAGAGCCAGGAACUCGGCGUUCGGGACGGCGUCGAGUUCGAGCGGAGGAUAUUCCACGGGCUGUUCGGAAGCAAGGAUCAGACGAUUGGGAUGACGGCGUUUGCGGAGAAGAAGAAGCCGGAGUGGACGAAUGAGUAG